UUUUUCUUUGGAUGUAUGUUCGUUUGUUUUUUUGGGAUGAACACACAGAAAAUAAUGAUAUUCAACAGUCUUCCACAAAAGCGUCUCACAUUUCCGUGAAAACAGAUUUGGUUUCUUUCUAAUGCCUGCCUUGGAAAAUCAAUCCACGACGCUGUCUUUCUCAUCUGAUGCCAUACCCUUUUUGUCUUUACCUGUUCAGUGCUCAUUGCUCUUCUUUAAAAAUAUUUACCUCACCAUUUUCUCCAUUUACUCUUCAGCUUGUUUGUUUCUUUGUUUGAUCACUUUGCAAGUUGAAAGCUCAGUCUCUCUUCUGUUUGACCUGCUUUAAUCUGCACCUUCUCUCUGUCUCUCCAAGAAAAUUCUGGGAAGAGCAUAAUAAAAACUGUUGCAAAAAUGGAAAUCACUAAUGUUUCUGAAUAUGAGGCAAUUGCAAAGGAGAAAUUGCCUAAGAUGAUUUACGACUACUAUGCAUCAGGUGCAGAGGACCAGUGGACUCUUAAAGAAAACCGAAAUGCAUUUUCAAGGAUUUUGUUUAGACCUCGUGUUCUAGUUGAUGUAAGUAAGAUAGACACGUCCACAACUGUUUUGGGCUUCAAAAUUUCGAUGCCUAUCAUGGUUGCUCCUACAGCCAUGCAGAAGAUGGCUCACCCCGAUGGAGAGUAUGCAACAGCAAGAGCAGCAUCAGCAGCUGGAACAAUUAUGACUCUAUCCUCAUGGGCUACUUCCAGCGUCGAAGAGGUUGCUUCAACUGGACCUGGGAUUCGGUUUUUUCAACUCUAUGUAUACAAGGACAGGAAUGUGGUUGCACAGCUUGUCAGGAGAGCUGAGAGGGCUGGUUUUAAGGCAAUUGCCCUGACUGUAGACACUCCAAGGCUUGGCCGCAGGGAAGCUGAUAUCAAGAAUAGAUUCACUUUGCCAUCACAUUUGACAUUGAAAAAUUUUGAGGGUUUGGAUCUUGGAAAACUGGAUGAGACGAAUGGGUCUGGACUAGCAUCAUACGCUGCUGGACAAGUUGACAGGUCCCUUAGUUGGAAGGAUGUGAAGUGGCUUCAGACAAUCACCCAUUUACCAAUACUAGUGAAAGGUGUAAUUACUGCCGAGGAUACAAGGCUUGCCAUUCAAGCUGGAGCUGCAGGAAUUAUUGUCUCCAACCAUGGAGCUCGCCAACUUGAUUAUGUCCCUGCAACCAUUAUGGCCUUGGAAGAGGUUGUCAAAGCCGCACAAGGACGAAUUCCUGUUUUCCUAGAUGGUGGAGUCCGACGAGGAACAGACGUUUUCAAAGCAUUGGCGCUUGGAGCAUCAGGCAUAUUUAUUGGAAGACCAGUGGUCUUCUCAUUGGCUGUUGAUGGUGAGGCUGGUGUAAGGAAAGUACUUCAAAUGCUCCGUGAUGAGUUUGAGCUAACUAUGGCAUUAAGUGGUUGCCGCUCACUCAAGGAGAUCACACGCAACCAUGUUGUAACCAAAUGGGAUCAUCCCCGUGUUGCUCCUAGAUUGUAAGAGUGUUCAUCUUCAGCCUAGUGCAUUGAUGCAGAGAGAGAUCAAGAUUUCAAGAGCUCAUCAGUCGUAAGAAUUACAUAUCUGAAGUUCUUGGUUCUAAGAAUAUGUACUGAAAAAUUUGAAAUUUUUGUAUUGAGAAUGAACUAUACUUUCUAUCAAUGGCUAAUUCUGUUUACGAACUGUAUUCUCUAUCAAUGAAUAAUUCUGUUUUCUCUA